GCCUGCAGAGCAGUCUUUUAAAAGCCCAACUUCAUGGCCGGGGAUUUGCACCAGCCCAUCCAAACUGAGGCUGGGAAGAGCUUUGCAUGUCUGGCUGGGUGUGGUUCAAGCAACCUUUUUUGUCCGUGCUGAAUAGGCGGCGGACACUUACAUUCAUAUAGAGUGGAAAUGAAGCAAACCCAGAUUGCUGGGAUUAUCUUGGCGGGUGUCUUGAAUGCUGUCGCGUACAAGAUUUCCAAUCCUCCCCCUCUGUGCCUCGAAGACGCCGAGUGUGACGCAGUGGCGGCUUCUUGGGGCUGCGGGGGUACGUGGCGCGUGAAGUGCCCGGGAAUUGCUCCUCCUCAGGCAGUGGAUUUGGACGCCACGGUGGCGGACGUGUGCCCCGUGGAGUGCCCCGAUGGCGCGGACGGGAUCUCCAGGGUGGAGCAGGUGGUGCAGCAGGAGCUGGCCAAGGCGCAGCACAUUUUGCCCGUCACGGAGGCCGACCAGGUGAGUCAGAAGCAAAACCGAUUCGGGUGGAUGAUCCGGUUAAGGGAUACUCCCAGCCGGAAAUAGUUGUGGAAAUCCGAGUUGCGGAAAUCCGAGUUGCGUAAUUCUUUACAUGGUUCUGGGUUCACCAUUUUUGUACCAGGUUUUGAUUAGGACUCAGGUCGAGUUCGAGGGCAUGUUGCUGUGCCUCGAGCAGCAGAUUCAGAAUGCCCAGUCGCAGGAGGAUACCGAAGAGUGGCAGGCCAUCGUCGAAGCAGAGUUUGCCGCAAGAGUGGAGCCCGUUGGACAGGAUCAGAUGGCCGCGGCCGUGGAGAUGAGAGCUCGCGGUGCUGCACAUCACCUGGUGGAGAAGCAGUUUGAGAUAGACGCCGAGCAAGUCCUGCAGCACAUCCACAUCGGCCAGACUGCGGUGGACGACUUUGCCAAGGAAGUGGAGCACUUGGCCACCAUGUGCAAUGACGCCAGUGAGGCGGACGCCUUGGGCGUCAUGAUCGAGGAUGCGCUGACUCUCCGGGAGCACGAUGGCCAUCCCAGCAUUGAGGCCAUCGUUGAGGCAGAAACCAUCACGGGUGACACCGUGGACAAGUGUCACGACAGGUCGCUUGAUCUGGACUACUUUGUGCACCAUGCCGGCGUGAAGGCGGAGGCUCACUGUGGCAGCUCCUUCCUGGAGCGUUCGCACCUGAAGAAGGCGGCGAACCACUUGCAGGAGCUGGAGUUCCACGCCAAGGCAGCCAUGGCGUUGCACGACGAGUCCAACCGCCUGGGUCACCACGUGCUGCACCACUUGAAGCAACACACGGACCACCAGGGCGACGAGAAGAGCCGGCCCGGCAUCUUCAUGAACCACUCCUUGGUGAGCCUCGUGCAUGAGGCAGCGCGGGGCCCGCUGUUGGAGAAGCAGCUUCAACGCUUGCACCGCCUGGAUGAGAAGCACUACGUCGCCCUGCAUGGUGACACCCGCGAUGCGCACUGCAGCGAGCGCGAGGACAUGGCCACACACGAGCCGAGCCAUUGGUCCUUACACAACGAGGAUGUCAAAGCCUAUGUGGACUGCAUCUGCGCCCAGCGGAGACCUUCUCUGGUUUGUCAGGCGGUGCACGCUGACGCAGUGGCGCGCACUGGGGAAUUGGUGGAGGCCAUGAUCCAGGAGCGUGCAGGAGAUGGAUCGCAGCCUGAUUCCUUGGUGAACACCGCUGGAAAGGCCCCGAUGUCUGCUGUUCAGAGCUACACGAAUCAGAGUCAACAGCGACUCAUUCCCAUUGGCCCUUGUGAUACGCCGAUCUCCUGCACGGUAUGCACUGGCCCCAACAAGGCCGUUUGCAUGUCCACCCCAUUUGCGAUGUCUGUUGAAGCAGACACCCCGGACACAGCUGGGGACUUGGCCAAGAACGUGUUGAAUGUGCUCAAAUCGGGGCUGACGGGUGCCAACACGCCAUGCUUCAGCGUGAACUGCGAGGCUUGCAUCGGGGUGAAACCCGGGGACUUCCUGACCUUCGUCCUCAGCGUGGGUGCCUCGGCCAGUUGCGACAACGCAAGAGUGUUCUUUCACACCUUCAACCUCAAUCUUGUGCUGUCACUGUGCUUCAACGCCGGCUCUGCUUUGAAGACGGUCUUAGACAUCUUCAAGAAGAGUUCGGUUUGUAUGAGUCUCCCCACCCUUGAGUACUACCCCUUCAUUGGCAAGAUGGGAAUCACCUACGAGUGGAGGCCAUGGUGGCUAGCCAAAGCUGUUCAGGUCAAUGCCGCGGCAUACUGGCCCGUGCACGGCCUUGCCCCAGCAGUCAAGAGCUAUUGCUGGCAUCACCAUGACCCCGCGCCGACGAAGAACGACGCAGCCUACAUGAAGUGGUACAAGUGGUACAGGAAAUGGUGGUGGCCCCACGACGCGGCUUGCGCCUUGGUGCACUAUAAAACCACCAACUGCCAUUGGUCGAAACAGCUGGCUCGAGCAAUAUGCCGGCAAAAGUUCUUGGAGAAUCGCAAGGAAGUCUACCUUCGAGUGAAGACUUACAACGCGUGGUCUUUCAGCAUGCGAACCCGCUUUGAAAAGACCUGGCGAUGAGCAAUCUGCUCAUCUGGCCCAGGCACUGCGCCGUCAUUUUUUUCUCACGCGGCUGAAAUAAUUUUGCCCUAAGACGUGGGAUGCGGCACAUGAGAACA